GACUUCCGGAAAGGGCCGGAAAUUACCGAGAUGUGACGAAGGGAGCCGAAGGGCGGCCGAUCGCCCCAAACAGUUGAAAGCCUGAACUUGUGUGGCGGCCGCGGACGUUAGGAGCCCCUCGGCGCCGCUCUGGCUCCGGCCCCGGCCCGGGGACUGAAAUUUCCUACAACAGUUAAUUGAAUGGCUGUUGUCAACAAAUUAUUGGAGGCUGGAAAUAAGGAUAACAUGACUGGACACCUUGGAAAUUUACAACAGAUUAGGAGAAGCUAAUGUGGAUUUCUAUAGAGGUAUAAAAGCUCUGGCAAUGACUCCAUACUAACUGAAACACAAUAUUCUCGAGUGAAGGCAACAUUCCCCGGAAAUUGGAAUUCACAAAUUAAAAAGGGCAACCACAGAGUUGCUACCUAUAAGUAAGAAACCAGUCCAUUCCGCCACCUCAUUUUGAAUGCUGAUGUGAAGAUUGAGAUGAAUCAGUGCAUGAUGGGAAACUUUAUUGCUUAGGCUAAAAGCACCAAAAUGGGCAUGAGAAACCCUGAAAUUCACUGUGGCAUCUAGGUUCAAAACGGUGGACAAGCUGGCGAUGUCAAGGGUGCCAACACCCCCUCCGCCUGGAGAAAUGUCUAGUGGACCAGUGGCAGAGAGUUGGUGUUACACCCAGGUAAAGGUGGUAAAGUUCUCCUACAUGUGGACCAUCAAUAACUUUAGCUUUUGUCGAGAGGAAAUGGGUGAAGUGUUAAAGAGUUCAACUUUCUCAUCUGGGCCAAAUGAUAAAAUGAAGUGGUGCCUCAGAGUAAAUCCAAAAGGUUUAGAUGAAGAAAGCAAAGACUACCUUUCCUUAUAUUUGCUUUUAGUUAGUUGUCCAAAAAGUGAAGUUCGAGCAAAGUUUAAAUUUUCUUUAUUGAAUGCAAAAAGAGAAGAAACAAAAGCUAUGGAAAGUCAAAGGGCGUAUCGAUUUGUCCAAGGCAAGGACUGGGGUUUCAAAAAAUUUAUCCGUAGAGACUUUCUUCUAGAUGAGGCGAACGGUCUUCUUCCAGAUGAUAAACUUACGCUGUUUUGUGAAGUGAGUGUAGUUCAAGACUCUGUGAAUAUAUCCGGCCAAUCAAAUAUGAAUACGUUAAAGGUUCCAGAAUGUCGACUGGCAGAUGAUUUGGGAAAUCUAUUGGAAAGUUCUAGAUUCACAGAUUGCUCCCUUUAUGUAGGAGGUCAAGAAUUUAAAGCUCACAAAUCAAUUUUAGCAGCUCGUUCUCCUGUUUUUAAUGCAAUGUUUGAACAUGAAAUGGAAGAAAGCAAGAAGAAUAGAGUAGAAAUUAAUGAUGUAGAUCCAGAAGUUUUUAAGGAAAUGAUGAGAUUUAUCUACACAGGAAAGGCACCAAACCUCGAUAAAAUGGCUGACAACCUGUUGGCAGCUGCAGACAAAUAUGCACUAGAUCGGCUAAAGGUCAUGUGUGAAGAAACUUUGUGUAGUAACCUCUCAGUUGAAAAUGUUGCAGAAAUUCUCAUUCUUGCAGAUUUGCACAGUGCAGAGCAACUGAAAGCACAAGCAAUAGACUUCAUUAACAGGUGCAGUGUUCUCCGACAACUAGGGUGUAAGGAUGGGAAAAAUUGGAGUAACAACCAUGCCACUGAUGUAAUGGAGACAGAAGGCUGGAAAUCGAUGAUCCACUCCCACCCUCAUUUAGUUGCAGAGGCCUUCCGAGCACUGGCAACUGCCCAGUGCCCACCCUUUGGUAUUCCACGCAAACGAUUAAAACAGUCAUAAUUGUGCUAGAGGACAUUAGGUACUGAUCUCGCUACUGACUUUGUGUAGAGGUAUUUCUACCUUGCACCUAUACAGGAUGAAGUCCUCGUCACUUACAUACACAGGACACAACCUGAACUUUAACCGUCUUUUAAUUGCUCUGCUGAAGGAUGUGUUCCAGUAUGGUCUUCAGCUUUAAAUUAGUUUACAUGCUUUUCUCUCAGCCACUUAAACAGCCUUAAAUGAUUUUCAUCCUGGUUCAGUUUAAAUAUUUUUUAAGUUUCUUUUUUUUUAAUUAAUGUGUGCCUUGUCAAAAGACUAGGCUAUGCAGAAGUGCAUCAGCAACCAAAAUGCAGAGCCAUCUAUUGAAUAGUUGGGAAAGGCAAAUAUAGCCUUUAACACUUUUCUAAAUGUUUGCCCUUUCAUACAAAAAUAUACUUAAUGAUUGAUUUCCCUGGGAUUCUACCCAUUAACCCUGUAAUUAUCCAGAGAUUGAAGCAGUUAGCUUUCACCAGUCAUCAUUCAAUAUUAUGUUUGAAUUGUGGAUUUCCUCUUUGCGUAUUUGCAUUAUGGAUACUGUUGAAAUUCUGCAUGACAGCCUGAAAGGGGUGUACCAUUCAAUAGCACAUGUCCUUAAUGGGCCAGUGGUAUAUGAAGUACCUGGUUGGUUUAUGAACCGCCAUUUUCUUUGUCAGUGUUUGUAAACUUUGUUUACAGUUUGGAAUUUCUACUGUAUAGAUUUUUUUUGAUUAAAUUCACAAUUUUGGCAGAAAUGUUAAAGACCUUUGUUACAAUUGUGUGAAAAUGGUUUGUAAUGUUCAGCAACCUUUUACAACUCGACAUUGCAACAUAACUAAAGUAAAAACAUUAUAAUUUUGUGAUACUGAUGUACCCAAAAUAUUGGAAUGAUCUGAUUAAAUAUAUUUAAACUUGAAUAAUCCAAGAGCAUUUCUGAAGACUAUCCCUUUGAAACUCCUAAUAACAAUGUUAAGACACUGAAGAUCACUUGAUCAAAUUAGUUUCCCAGAGUAUGUUUACAAUGUUUCUAUCCCUUUAGCAAGGAAUUUCAUACAUACCAAUUUUUCUGUCUACCUUUUUUUUUCCUGAGCUGCUGAUUCUUUGGGAUCCAGAUUCACGGGCGCCGGCCGCCCACUCCCUCAGUAUCCUCCCCCAAAUGGCUGUUGUUCGAGCGUGAGUGUCAUUUGGCUAUUUAACCACCUGGGAUAUUGCAGCCAAGCAUAUUGCUAUGCUCUCCCAAGACCCUCACAUGUAACUCCAAUUGCGUUGUUGGAUCGCGAUCAGAAAUGAGAACUGUAAUGUCCCACUUUACCCAAGUGGGUUCAUCGUCCACUAAAGUGGUUCUGCAGCUACUUCAGCUUAGUCACCAGCUCAUCACAGCUUGACAUUUCAAACAGAUCUUCCUGGUGCAUGUGGCUCAACUACUCACUGGAUAAACUUAUUGAGCCACUCAGAGGAGAAUUCCUUUUUUAAAAUGAACAGGUAUUGUUAUCGUCAUUUGUCUGAGACACUGCUAAGGUAACACUGUAAAUUUGUAGAAACUCCACAUUUCAGGACAAUGAUUUUGCAAUGCCUCAAAUUGACGUUACAUGGCAAUUGAUUUGCUUAUGUUUUGCUAUUUUAUUUAUUAUGCAUCAAUAUAUUUCAUAACUUGUGUUAGGUUAAAGAAACUUUGUAAAACUUUAUAAAUGCAAUUGAAUGCACUAAUUUGUAUCAGCGUUCUUUCUGUAGGCUAUUGUUUUGUGAAAAUCAUUUUUUGUUAGAGAAGAGUGCUCAAAUAUUUUUUAAAAAAUGGAAGUUGAAGAAGCCAAUGGGUUUAAGUUGUCAAUGUAUCUGUUUACUGUCAUAUCACAAAUUCAAAGUAUGGUUGCAUGAACUACACGCCAUUAAAAUUUGAAUAAAACGAAUCUUUAAAA